AUGGCACGCGACACGAAAGCUACGGCUGUUCCUGUGGAGGACACUCCCAUAAAGGACAAAAAAGCCAAAGAAGAUGGAGGAGGAAAAAAAGCAGGCGGAGGUGACAAGGAUAAAAAAGACGAAGUCGAAGAAUUGGUGAGUCUGAAACCAGGCAUUCUUGCGUCUCUAAUUAAUCAAAACCUCAGCCUUCUCCGGGAUGUUUCUCGAGAAUCACCUUUUAUCGCGUCUUGUUCUUUGAAAAAACGCGGUUUUUCAGUCAAUAACCGAAUUCUCUUUACUCGUUUAUUUUGUCUAACGCAAAAACAAAACUCUCAGUCUGAAGAAGAUUUACAAUUAAAAAGUGAAUUGGAAAUGUUGAUUGAGCGAUUAAAGGAAAAUAACCUUGAACUUCAUAGGCCAGCAUUGGAAAGUUUACGGACCCUGAUCCGCACAUCCACUAGUUCAAUGACCUCGGUUCCAAAGCCUUUAAAAUUCUUGCGGCCUCACUAUGACACAGUGGUUGAAAUAUACGAAAAUUGGGACCAAUCUGACAACAAGCUUGCACUCGCCGACAUCUUAUCAGUCUUGGCUAUGACAUAUGAUGAAGGAAAAAGAGAUUCUCUAAAAUACAGAUUACAAGGAUCUCGUGAAGAUCCCGGUUCUUGGGGACAUGAAUAUGUGAGACAUGUAUCCACCGAAAUCGGCCAAGAAUUCCUACACCGAUCAGAACAAGAUCUUCCCAUUGAUGAUUUGAUGACGCUUUCUCUCGAGAUCGUUCCUUUUUUCUUGAAACAUAAUGCUGAAGCAGAUGCUGUUGAUCUAUUAUUAGAGUUAGAAGCGAUUGAUCAGUUACCACAAUUUGUUGAUAAGGAUACAUAUGCACGCGUUUGUUUGUACAUGGUCAGUUGCGUUAAUUUAUUGGUUCCUCCAGAUGACAUUGCCUUUCUUCGUACAGCGCAUACGAUAUAUCGACAGCAUAAUAAGUAUACCGAGGCGGUAUCUCUCGCUAUCCGACUCCAGGAUCUUGAUUUGAUUCGGGAGGAUUUUGAAAAAGCCGGGGAAAUAGACCCUUUACUACAGAAACAAAUCGCUUUUCAUUUGGCAAGGUCUCAUAUAUUGUUGGAAACUGAAGACGAAUCAAUUCAAGAAAUACUGAAUAACUCUCAUCUAUCGAAACAUUUCAUCGCGCUUGCUAAAGAACUUGAUGUCUAUGAAGCAAAAACGCCUGAGGAUAUCUAUAAAAGUCAUUUAGAAAAUAUUAGGCCUGGAUAUACAAGCGGCAACGUAGAUUCGGCAAGGCAAAAUCUCGCAUCCACGUUUGUUAACGCGUUUGUGAAUGCAGGAUUUGGAAACGAUAAAUUAAUAUCAGUUGAAGAAGGGAAUAACUGGAUUUACAAAAAUAAAGAUCACGGAAUGUUAAGUGCCGCCGCCUCCCUAGGGCUGAUCAUGUUAUGGGACACUGAUGUUGGUUUAUCACGUAUCGAUAAAUAUACUUUUUCGAAUGAGGAAUUUAUAAAGGCAGGAACUUAUCUUGCCAUUGGUCUUGUACACGCGGGUGUAAGAAACGAAAAUGAUCCUGCUUUUGCAUUGUUGUCCGAGCAAGUUGAAAAUAAGUCUGCGACAAUACGAAUAAGUGCCAUUGUUGGACUUGGAAUGGCAUACGUCGGGUCACAUGACGAAAAAAUAUUCGAUUUGCUUAUACAGAUGGUAAACGACGUCGAAUUAAGCAUGGAAAUUGCUUCACUGGCCGCUCUAUCACUAGGAAUGAUAUUUGUUGGUGAAUGUCACGGCGAAAUAACAAGUACCAUUCUGCAAACUAUGAUGGAGCGUAAGGACGAAGCAUUGAAAGAAACCUGGGGAAAAUUUAUGGGACUUGGAUUAGCGUUAUUAUAUCUUGGCAAGCAAGAUGCUGCUGAAGUUACCUUGGAGACUUUAAAAGCCAUUGAACAUCCCAUUGGAAAACAGGUUGCUGUUUUAGUUGAGAUUUGCUCAUACGCAGGUACUGGGAACGUACUAAAAGUGCAAAAAAUGUUACACUUAUGUAACGAUCAUUUAGACAAAGAGAAAGAAGAUGAUCUGCAUCAAGCUUUCGCUGUGAUUGGAAUUGCCUUGAUCGCUAUGGGCGAAGACAUUGGUGCAGAAAUGGCAAUGAGAUCAUUUAACCACUUGAUGCACUAUGGAGAACCCGUGAUUCGUCGCGCAGUUCCUUUAGCACUAGGAUUACUCUGUGCUUCAAAUCCCCUUCUAAAUGUGAUGGAGACGCUCAGUAAAUAUUCGCAUGACAAUGACACUGAAGUCGCGAUAAAUGCUAUAUUUGCUAUGGGUCUUAUUGGAGCGGGAACAAAUAAUGCACGCUUGGCACAAAUGCUAAGGCAAUUGGCUUCUUAUUAUCAUAAAGAGCCGAAUUGCUUAUUCAUGGUUCGAAUUGCACAGGGUCUUCUACAUAUGGGUAAAGGAACGAUAUCGGUCAAUCCAUUCCAUUCUGACAGACAGUUGAUGUCUUCAGUCGCGAUUGCUGGCCUACUGGCAACUAUCAUCGCUUUUACAGACGCCAAGACACUUAUUCUGAACAGACACCAUUGGUUCCUUUAUUACCUAACUACCGCUAUGUAUCCCCGAUUUUUGAUUACACUCGAUGAAGACUUGAACAGCUUACCGGUGACAGUUCGCGUAGGACAGGCUGUUGAUGUUGUGGGACAAGCUGGUCGACCCAAAACUAUUACCGGAUUUCAAACUCAUUCUACACCAGUUUUGUUGGCACAUUCGGAACGUGCCGAAAUAGCGACAGAGGAAUAUAUCCCCCUGUCACAUGUUCUCGAAGGAUUUGUCUUGCUUCGAAAGAAUCCUGAUUUUAUGGAGGAAGAUAAAGAUUAG